CAAUAUUACGUCAUCAUCUUAGUUUUAAGGCGCAAACGAGAAUCCCGUAUAUAAAGGGCAGCCCGCAUACCGGACACACAAUCCGCAAGUACCCAGUCAAGACCGAUUCAUUUUGUUCUCCUGCAGACAAAAACAGAGAUUAUCCGAUUCUUAUACCAGAUUUUAAUACCAUUGUGUUUCUCAUUAAAAAUGCCAGACAGUAACCAGCACCAAAACCCUGAAUUGUUGCAUCUUUUGCAACAAUGUAUGCUCGGUGUCAGCAGCAUGCAGAAAGACUUUCAUGAAGUCAAUUCUGAAAAAAAUAAAUUCAUGGAGGAAGCCAAGAAAUUAAAGUUGUACAUCAACAAGCUGCAGGUCCAAAGGGCAGACAUGCAAACCAAGCUGGACCAAUAUGAGAUUCAAGUGGGAAAGCUAAAUGAUGAAGUAGCAGCAAAUAAAGAGCAAAUCAUCAAGCUGACCUCACUGCUGGAAUCCAAAAUAGAGGAGCGAGGGGACCAGGUUUGUUCAGAGGCUCAGGAAGAGCCCAGGGACUCUGAACUGGAAAUGAAGAGGCUGAAAGAGCUGCUUCAGCAGAGGGACACUGAAAUCCUGAACCUGCAACAGGAAAAUGAGAGUCUGUCUCUCGAAGUUGCAUGGCUGCAGAACGCUGAGGCUCAGUGGAUUGAGGCAGAAAAGGAAAUCCUAUACCUGCAAAAGGAAAAUGAGAGUCUGUCUCUCGAAGUUUCCCGCUUACAGAACGCUGAGGCUCAGUGGAAUGAAGCAGACAGGGAAAUCCUGAACCUGCAACAGGAAAAUGAGAGUCUGUCUCUCAAAGUUGACCGCUUUCAGAAAGCUGAGGCUCAGUGGAAUGAAGCAGACAGGGAAAUCCUGAACCUGCAACAGGAAAAUGAGAGUCUGUCUCUCGAAGUUGCCCGCUUACAGAAAGCUGAGGCUCGGUGGAUUGAGGCAGACAGGGAAAUCCUGAACCUGCAACAGGAAAAUGAGAGUCUGUCUCUCAAAGUUGCCCGCUUACAGAAAGCUGAGGCUCAGUGGAAUGAAGCAGACAGGGAAAUCCUGAACCUGCAACAGGAAAAUGAGAGUCUGUCUCUCGAAGUUGCCUGCUUACAGAAAGCUGAGGCUCGGUGGAUUGAGGCAGACAGGGAAAUCCUGAACCUGCAACAGGAAAAUGAGAGUCUGUCUCUCAAAGUUGUCCGCUUUCAGAAAGCUGUGGCUCAGUGGAAUAAGGGAGCACAGACAGCGAUGGUGAAGGAUGAGCUGCUGGCUCUCAAAAAAGAAAAUAAAAAGCUGAUGGAUGACCACAAGGAGGUCUAUAAAAUCCAAGAAGGGUUGAGAAAGACCACCAUAGAGCUUCGAGAAAAACAGAAAAAAUUUGAAGAAGAAAAGAAAAAAUUCAAUUUACAAAAACAGCUGAAGGAGGAAAAGAAAGGUCUGCAUGGACAGUAUCAGGAAUGCCAGAAUGUAAGUCAGCCAUUGAGAGAACUGACAAAAUUGCAGAAAGACCUGGAAGAGAAGAAAAAGGAAAUUCAGGAGAAACAGACUGACAGAGCAGAGCUCAUAAAGACAGAACAAGAGAUGAUGAACCUGCUGAAUUUGCAGCCCAGACAGUUAGACCUAUAUAAAGAUAGUAAAGAAAUAAAGAAGCUCCUGAAACAAAAAGAUAAACUAGAAGAAAAACUGGUGAAAGCCAAAGUGAAAGAAUUAAGGAAGAAGAUGAAAAAAAGACAAGAAAAAGAAAGAAAACAGCAGAAAAUUCAAGAAGAAGCGCAGAAAAGACGGAAAAAAGAGCAAAAGAACCUGAAAACGCAGGAGCAGAAUGAGAACCGACGACGUGGCGUCCGGUCGUGGUUCUGCUGCUGAGCUCGGCCUGAGGAUUAGCCUCCUCUUCCUCCUUAUUCUCUCCACUCUCCCUCUCUCCCCUCCUCUCUAUCUAUCCUACUAUCCCCCCAGCCGGUCUCAGCAGAUGGCCGCCCCUCCCUGAGCCUGGUUCUGCUGGAGGUUUCUUCCUUUUAGAAGGGAGUUUUUCCUCCCCACUGUCGCCUAGUGCUUGCUCAUAGGGGAUCAUAUUCUCAUUGCUGGGAUCUUAUCUUGCCCACUGCUUUCUUCUCCUUCAUUUUCCCCCUGCUUCAGGGAUCCUCAAGUCCAGGCCUCGAGGGCCGGUGUCCUGCAGGUUUUAGAUAGGUCAGCCGUUUGCUGUUUUUGCUCUGUA